AUGUCAUACCCCCAACAACAUCAAGCGCAGAGGCCGCCUUUGCGACAAUAUAGCAAUCCCCCUCCGCGUUCUGUGACAUCGCCAGGAGGAUAUUCGCAAGAUGGCUCCCACGGAGGAUACAGCGACGGUGGCAUGAGUAGCCAUAGCUACCAGCAGACUGACCCGGGCUACGACGAUGCGGCAUACAGCUACCAGUCCACCUCCGGUUCGCAAUCAUAUGCUUCUACGAGUUCUCAGCCACGCUCGAUGCGACCGCCGGGACCACCAGGUCCGGGAAAUGGACGACCGCCAGGCCCUGGAUACGAUGAUCGGCGGGGCUAUCCUCCUGGCGGAAGACCACCCCCGCAAUCGCGGUCAAGAACACCUGGCGCACGCCCACCCCCAGGCGGUACCUUCGAUAAUCCUUUUCCCUCCUUUCCAAGUCGAGACCCAAGAGAUCCGAGGCCGCCCACAGACCCACGAGAUCCUAGAGCCCCUAGAGACCCAAGGGAUCGGCGCGGUCCGCCACGAGGGCUAGAGAAUGAUAUGGCUGCAAUGGACAUUAAUGGCAGGGGUCCACCUAGAUCGCACACUGUGAAUUCCGAUGGAAGACGGCCAGAUAUGCGACAGCCACCUCCGCGCGGAGGUCCGCGCGGACCUCCACCAGGGCGGGGCCGAGGUGGCUAUCCAAUGGGUCCAGUGCGAGCUGCUAGUUCAGGCAGACCAGGUCGACCUGAUAGAGACUAUCCAGACUCCAUGGGCCCGUCUAUGCAUCCGCCACCAAGAAGCGCAACGAUGCCGCUCGUUCCAGGCGCACCACUCUACUCAGGCGCACCACUCUACCCAGGCCAGUCGACCUACCAAGAAACAGAUUACCCAGCGAGCUCCAUGAAGGAACCUCUUAUGCGUCCUGAUACUGCUGGGAGCAUGCGACCCCCACGGUCUCGUGCCCCCAACGAUAUAGACCCAGGACUGAUGAUCCCCGCCACUACAUUGAUGAUCCCCCCGGAGCCCGCCAAUCGUGUUUCAUAUGCGCCCAAGGACUUUCUGGACAGCUAUUAUGAGUCUGGUGCUGGUGCUGCCGAUGAACCCGAUAUGCCUAAUUUCGAUGCCAUGCCCGACCCUCGUCAUGCCCCGAUUGAUGAGAUGGGCUUGGACAUAACACCCGUCAAGAGACCGGUCCAUGGACCGUCUUCUUCGCUCGAAGAGUACUCAUAUACCCCCAACGGGUUGGAGGCUAUGAACUCCCAAUCUCAACCAAAUUUUCGACAAGCAGACGGUGCCGGUGCCAAUCAGUUUGAAAAUGCGGGAUUUCAGUUUGGUAUUCCUGGAGAAGCUUCCCAUGCUCCCGCUUUCGACCACCCAGGCUCUGCUGGGUAUUUGUCGAACGGUUACGAAGAUUACGCCGGUUACUCACAUGGUUCUUCCCCUGUCCGAUCCAACCAGCCAGGCUAUUCCCACGACCAGGCUGAGAUGUCAGAUCCUCAUCAGAAUCCCGAUACUCUUACUCACCACCCAGCCCCAUUCCGCCCCGGUCACGAUCAAGGGUCCAAACCUGCGCCGGUUCGGCAGUACAUCACUCCUGAAUCUAUCCCAGCCCUCGCUGCUCCACAGCCAAUGAUGCCUAGUGGAACGGUUCAGGCGCCUGUCACGAUUGAAGAGAUACAGCGGCUACAACAACAGGCGCGAGCCAAUCCAUCUGAUCAGAAGACUCAACUUCUGCUCGUCAAAAAGCUAGUCGAGGCUUCGACGGUUCUGGUAGAGGACAACAGCAGACUGGAUCCGAAAACCAAAGCCAAGGCCAAGGAGAAGUACGUGAUGGAUGCACAUAAGAUCCUCAAAAAGCUUGUUACAGCCGGGUAUUCUGAGGCCCAGUUUUUCCUGGCUGACUGCCACGGUGAGGGUCUAAUGGGGCUGGAAGUCGACCCCAAAGAAGCUUUCUCACUAUAUCACUCUGCUGCGAAGCAAGGCCACGCACAGUCUGCAUAUCGCGUGGCUGUAUGCUGCGAGAUCGGACAGGAAGAAGGUGGUGGCACCAAACGUGAUCCAUUCAAGGCCGUUCAAUGGUACAAGCGCGCCGCUGCGCUUGGUGAUACACCAGCCAUGUACAAAAUGGGAAUGAUUAAUCUAAAGGGACUGCUGGGUCAAGCUCGGAACCCCCGGGAGGGUGUAUCGUGGCUUAAGCGGGCCGCUGACCGUGCGGACGAGGAAAACCCGCACGCUCUCCACGAGCUUGCCCUCAUGUAUCAGAACGCUGGCGGGAAUGAUAUGAUCGUCCGCGACGAGCAGUAUGCCUCCCAGCUAUUCCAUCAAGCUGCCGAGCUGGGCUACAAGUUCUCUCAAUUCAAGCUUGGUACUGCUUAUGAGUACGGUCUGAUGGGAUGCCCUAUUGACAACCGCACGAGUAUCAUCUGGUACACUCGUGCCGCGGCCCAGGGUGAACAUCAGAGCGAACUCGCCCUUAGUGGUUGGUAUCUUACCGGAUCGGAGGGUAUUCUAUCGCAAAAUGAUACCGAGGCUUAUCUGUGGGCCCGAAAGGCCGCCACCGCAGGUCUUGCCAAGGCAGAAUAUGCUAUGGGAUAUUUCACCGAGGUCGGAAUCGGCGCUGCUGCUAAUCUAGAUGACGCAAAGAGAUGGUACUGGCGCGCAGCUGCCCAAGGAUACCCCAAGGCCCGUGAGCGUCUUGAAGACCUUAAGAAGGGCGGAAGCCGAAUGCAAAAGACUCGCCUCUCACGCUCAGCCGUUAACAAGCAGAGUGAUGGGGACUGCGUUCUCAUGUAA